AUGCCUGGCUACCACUUUGUCCUUCCCGGCCUAGAGGACACUAUUUUCAGUGCUCCUUCCGGCCAUUUUGCAGUUUAUCGGCUGGCAUUAGAUGCCGGCCUGCGCUUUCCCCUUCACCCUUUCAUCAGCCAACUUCUUCAGUAUUACGGCAUAGGACAUAAUCAGCUUGCCCCUAACUCUUGGCAAAACAUCCUUACCUUUCUGGCCGUCUGCAACUUAAAGGGAAAGGACCCUUCUCUGGCCGCUUUCACCCAUAUUCACUACGUUGCCAAGGUCCCUAGGACCAUUGAAGGAAGCUGGCUGAGCGUGUGCAACCGUCAAGGAUUCUUGACGUCUUGGGAUAAGACUUCCAAGAUGCACUCAUGGAAGGGCGAGUUCCUCUUCGUCCAGGCGCCCAAUAAAGCGGUGGCAAACCGUCUUCGGUAUUUUAGCCGGACAACCACAAAUACUGGACGGAUGGCCUCAUACCUGGAACUGGAGAGUAACUCUGCCGAAGAGAUGGUGGAGUACUUCCGGAUUUCGGAGUAUACUAUGGAAGAUGUUUCUUUCAAGGGUCCGUCCAAUUGGAUUCCUUUUAAGGAAAUGUUUUACCAUGACAACUUCCUAGUCGCUGCCGGCUUACGGCAGGACGAGGACAGAGAUUCAGCCAGGAGCAAACUAAGGAAGUCUUGGAUUGGAGACAUGAGCUCGUCCAGAUUUGCGGAUACUCUAUGGAAGGAGUACAGUAAGUCAGGUGCCGAAAAGAGGGCCGACACUCUGAAAAAUGCCCCAACUUCUAAAGCUUUGGCCGAGAAAGCCGCAGCAAAGAAACGGCCGGCCGGCACCAGUGAGGCUCCUCCCUCAAAAAAGGCCAAGGGCUUUACUGCUAAGAAGAGGAAGACCACACGGCCGGUUCCCAAGGUCGUCAUCGAGCUACCGGCCAAGGAGGAGGCCAAAGAAGAGCCGGCUGAAGCUGACUCCCGGGCCCUCGUGGCCUAUACUGGUCCGGCCGAGCAGCCCACACCUUCACAACCUGACGAGGUUGUCAUAUUGGAGGAUGCUGGACAAUCUUCUCAGCCGGACACGGCUGUGGACGGUCCGCCUUUUCUGGGCCUGUGGCCCAACUCGUAGGCCAGAUGCCGGCUGCGUAUAGGACGGCUUCCCGUUCCUCUGGUGAGUCUUACUAUUCCAACGUAGUUAGAACACUACGGGUUGGCGGGCGUCCGAUGAGUCCGUCCAACAAACAGACCGUGGUUAUUCCCAUCAGGUGUACUGACGAGUCUAACCUUUCAGAUAAAGGGAAGGGUCCAGCUGUUGACGGCUCCCCUAGCCUCUCUGACGAUGAAUCUUCUCCAGCUUUUGGAAAGAUGUCUUCGUCCGAUCGUGAGAAGCUCAAGACGGAGCUGUUUAAGUGCUUUCCCGAACCUUAUAGUAAGGGGUUAAGGGGAGCAUCGUCUGGGCAUGUAGGCUACAUGUCUCAGCUUGCU